AUGUGGCCAUUUAAUCUUUUUCAGCGCGCUUAUCCAGAGAUACCUCACGAAGAUGUGCAUGGGAGAGAGUACGACUACAUCAUAAUUGGAGGAGGAACAGCAGGUGCAGUCCUAACCUCUCUCCUCUCCGCCUCACCAACCACGACCGUCCUCCUCCUAGAACGCGGCCCCGCCCUAGACACCUGGGCUUCUCGUAUCCCCAUCGCUUCAUCCAACAUUCUCCGUUCAGACGGAGGAGCUUCAAGUUGGCUAUGUGACCCCAUGAAACAUUGCGAUAAUCGGCAGUCUCUUUUCUUCCGUGGGGAAGUCUUGGGUGGUGCGUCGAGGAUUAAUAGUAUGGUGUAUUCGAGAGGAUCAAAGGCUGAUUAUGAUGCGUGGGCUGCUAUGGGUCUUCCUGAGUGGAGUUAUGAGAAAGUGCUUCCGUUCUUUGUGAAGGGGGAGAGAAAUUUGAAUCAGCCGAAGACGCAUUUUAGGGGAACGACGGGGCCUUGGAUCACGCGGACUUUCACUUAUUUCACUUGGCUCUACAAUGUUUAUCAGGUAUUCGCAGACGUGGCCGUCACACUAGGAUUUCCUCUCAUCCCAGAUGCCACUGACCCUGAAGCCUCACCAGAAGGUCUCGCAACUUUCGACGUGACAAUGAACGAAAAUAGCGAGCGAGUCUCUACAUUCGAUGCAUUUAUUCCCCGUUCAAUCGCGUUGGCGCGAGAGAAUAACCUAACUAUAUGCACAAAAGCUAUUGUUUCCAAAAUUAAAUGGUCGAAAGAAGAUGGAGAACUUCGUGCCAAGUCGGUAGUCUUUACUACUACAGAUCGUAAAUCAGGAAAGGUUUUCGUGGCUAAGGUUAAGAAAGAAGUGAUUAUUUGUGCAGGUGCCAUUGGUACUCCACAAGUUUUGAUGUUAAGUGGAAUUGGGCCCGCUGAGCAUCUAGAAGAACUUGGUAUUGAAGUCAUGAAAGAUUUGCCUGGGGUCGGAUCCGAAUUGACUGAUCACCCUGCUAUACCGAUAGCCUGGGAAAUCCCAAUCAAGGAGUCACUUACCAAAUUAGUCGUAUCACCUAUCCUUGAAGGCGGUAAAGAGUUUUUAAAGUACAUCUUAUGGGGCACUGGAUUACUAGCAUUUCCAAUCCAGCCCAUCUCUCUCUUUGUCCGCUCCACUUCCCUCACGAAGAAUGGAACGGAGCUUCGAGACGAUAUAUCGCACGACGUCGAUAAAUUGUCUGAGCCGCAAACUCAGAUUCCUGAUAUUGAGUUAAUGCCACUCGCUACCAGCGCCAUGGACAAUCUAGAAGAGCAUUAUAAGUUAUUCUCCAAGAUUGGAGUCUUCUCCAUCCUGGCUACUCUACUGCAGCCCAAAUCUCGAGGCACAGUACGGCUUGCCAGUUCAAACCAUCACGACCAUCCUAAAGUCGACUUCGGACUUCUCUCGGACCCAAAAGACUAUAUAAUUGCACGAACAGCCAUCCGCUUGUCACUCGCAAUCGGAGGAAGGAUGACAGCUGCCGGUUUUCCAUUGCUGCGGAACCUGACGUACCCAGAGGAGAAGCAAGACCUCGACAGAAAGAACGGGAAUACGGAGGAGAUGGACAAGCUGAUUCGUGGAAGGAUCAGAACCACAUAUCACUACGCUUGUAGCUGUAGAAUGGCCGCCGAGGACGACGCAAGGGCGCCUGGUGUGGUAAGCGAGACGCUGAGAGUAUAUGGGACGCUGAAUGUUAGGAUUGCGGAUACAAGUGUCCUUCCACAGAUUGUGGCCACUCAUUUGCAGGCUCCUGCGGUGAUGGUCGCAGAACGGUGUGCUGAUUUCAUUCUGAAAUCGGCGUAA